UCGAUGACACCUUCCUCAUGAACACCAAGGCCCACUCCGGCACUGAUGGCCCAGCAGACCGUCCCAUGACUACCCAAGUUUUGGUCAUCUUGGAUGUUGGACUGGCAUAUCUUACAGUCUUGCGCAAGAGUAUAUCCAUCCGCUGUCUAAACUCAUCUCAUCUUCUUUCAUCUGCCCACCAUCCCGUCUUUAAGCCGUUCACCUCGCUUCUUCACCAACCUGAGCUCACUCAGCUGGCCAUCUGA